GUCUGAGUUUUGGUAAACACGACUGCAGGCUAUUUUAAUGUCGGCCAUGACGCCAGCACCUGGGGAGUUCAGUAUUAUUUUUUUUUUCUGGGUGGAACUUGGUGAACAAAAAAAAAAAAAAAAUGUAAUUAGGAAGAUGAGCAACCUUGAAGCAAGUCGGCUUGCUACAAUAACACAAGAGGCAGGUGCACAUUUCCGUGCGAGCCGCAUACUCGAAACCAGACGGAUGACAUUGCGAGCGUGGCGAUAUUAUCCACCAAAGUGAAACUCGCCACUCGAGGCUGCGCUCCAUUCGAGGACACGCACGAGGCGAGGCUGCACCAUGAAGGCCAAACUGGAGAUCGUGGCCAUGGCCUUGGGCUUCCUGGGUUUGUUCGGCGCGGUGGCGGCCACGGCCUUGCCCAUGUGGCGGGUGUCGGCGUUCAUCGGCGCCAACCUCAUCGUGAUGGAGGUGCUGUGGGAGGGCCUCUGGAUGAACUGCUACAACCAGGCGGACAUCAAGAUGCAGUGCAAAGUGUACGACUCGCUGCUCAUCCUGUCGCCCGAGCUGCAGGCCGCGCGGGGGCUGAUGGUGGUCUCCAUCGUGGUGGUGGUGAUGGCCCUGUUCGUGGCCGGCUUCUCCAUGCCCAGGAGCACCUGCUGCCAGGACAACCUCAGGGCCAAGAACAUCGCGACGGCCUUUGCCGGUUGCUUGUUCCUGCUGGCCUGCCUGCUCACGCUGGUGCCCGUGUGCUGGGUGGCGCACACCGUCAUCCGCAACUUCUACAACCCGGUGGUGGUGGACUCGCGCAAACGAGAGCUGGGGGCGUCGCUCUUCGUGGGCUGGGCCACCUGCGCCGUCUUGCUGGCCACCGGCUGCGUCCUGCUGCUCAGCUUCCACAGGCGGCGGUCCAAGGAGAACGCGCUUAACACGGAUUCCUACCUGGUGGCCGCCAAGGGCGUCGGCAGCGUGCGCAGCAGCAGGGCGCCGUCCAGUUUUCACAAGUAUCAGGAAUACGUGUGACGGCGCUCUGGAAGCGGGGCCUUUCUCCCGGGAUGAUUUAAUUCUACGUGAAUCCCACACAGGGCCUGACACGGCCGUGCCUUGAGACAAGAGUGACUUGCGGGCAAAAAAAAAAUUGAGAUGAGAGCGAUGUAUUGUCAGAAAGGUUAUAAAAAAGCAGUUCAUGGACAAUCUUAGUUGGAGUUCAUUUGUCAAACUAAACAGAAAAAAGAAUGACAGAUUGUAUAUUUAAAAGACGCAGGAGUCCAAUUAGCCGCAUGCUAGCAAACAAUGCAAAACAAAGGAAACAAAUAGCAACAGUGUCACGGUGUCGUAACCCUCGAAGCAACAGAUAUUUGGACACAAAUGGUGGAGCAAACUAUGUAGACAGAUAAUGUAACAAUGUUCAUUUAUAGUCACCUUCCUAAAACAAAAACUCAAGUUAUUUGAAAAAAAAAUCCCAAUUUAGGGAAAAAGUGGGAAAAAAAAUAUGGAUUGUAUUCAUAAAUACUGGAUUUUAAUUUCAGGGGUAGAGAUAAAAGAUCUGUCACUAAAAAUGUCAUUGACAGUAGCAUGAGAUGUGCAUGAAAUUAGUUUGACCGUAUUUGUGUCAUACUGCCCUCGGGCAGCCGAGAAGAGCACACCAAACACAAUAUCCACUGAUUUUAAGCAAACAAAAAAAAAGUGUUAACAGAUUUUUUUUUAACCUAACAUUUAAUGAUGUCAUCACUAUGUCUAUUUUUACAAGGUCCAGAAAUUGGCCGCAUUCAUCAGAGUGGCUUAGCUGCAAUUUCAAUUUCAAUUUCAAGGAGGAAUUUUUGAGACGAGUGUUUUGAGUUACAAACAUGGUGAUGAAACAAAUUGUACUCUUAUCUCAAGGCACGGCGGCGCCGUCCAGCAUGUGGGCAUCAACUCUGAUAGCACGAGACAACCAAAACGUCCCGAAUUGUGCCCACACUCAUGUGAAUAAGUGUUGUAAAGUGAAAAUAAAACUGCCGUUUUGAAUGA